GUUAAACACACAACCACCUUAACUGGACUCCAUAUCGAUAAGAACCCUCGUCGUUCACUAAGUAUUUUAUAUGGAAAACUCAUUCGAGCUUUACAAAAACUUCCAACAAGCUAUCAAUAUAGGCAGUUUACCGAAACGUUGAUUAAAAAUAGAGCUUCAAUAGUAACUAAUAUGAAUUCUAUUGAAGAAAUUGAAGAAAAAAUUAAUUCUGGGAAAAUUGAAGAUCUAUGCUUACAGGCUGAAAAAGAAUUACAAUUAGUAAGAAAUAUACUAGAAUGGAAAUGCUGGGAAUCUCCAAUUAAUAGAGUUGUAGUUAAUCAAUGGUCUUGGCCACCACAUUUUUAA